CUAUUCAGCGUUCUCACUAGUACAAUAAUUUUGUCAUUAUAGGUACAAAUAUUUGGGACAAAAUGUGCAUUAACUUAUGAUAAACAACCCAUCAAAACGCUUCGUCUCAAAGGUAAGCAUGCAACAGUCACCAGCCAUGUUGAGACAUGGUUAAACGCCACAACACUGCGAAAUAUUGAGAACCUCGAAAUAGAUUGUUACACUACAGUUUACUUGAACUUGCCAUGCAGCAUUUUCAGCAGUGCAACCUUUGUUGUUCUCAAGUUGUGUGACUCGACUUUUAUGGAGGAUUUUUCUUCUGUCGAUCUUCCCUCACUCAAAGCUCUGCAUUUGACCGCUGUUAAGUUUUUUAAGCCUCUACAUUUAAUUGAGCUUCUUAAUGGAUGUCUCAAUCUUGAAAACUUGGAGGCAAAGCACAUAAGUUUCGAGGAGUUUGAUGCAAAGGAGCGUACAAGUUUUCAGGAGUUUGAUGAUCAUUCAUUUAAGGGGAAGGUUAAACCUUUAUCGAACUUGGUCAGAGCAGAUGUUUCUUUUUCGAUGGUAAAAAUGCAGAAUGUUGUGGAUCUUUUUCCUAUUGAUGAGUUUCUUCGCUUAGAAGAGUUCAGCGAUCCUGUUUUUCCCAAUUUAAUUCAUAUGGAGCUUACGUCGGGAGGGAAACCUUUACAAUGGAAAUCAGUGCUUAAUUUCCUCCAUCAUUCCCCUCAACUUCAAAUGUUUGUCCUUCGUGGCCUAAUUGCUGCUUCUUUCGAGGAUUGGCUGACACCUCCUCGUGUUCCUGAAUGCUUUUCUUCAAAGCUAAGAACCUGCUUUCUCACAAAAUUUACAGGCAAAAAAUCUGAGAUGGGAUUUUCCAAGUUUGUUUUGCAAAAUUCAACAGUGUUAGGUAACAUGACAAUUUUCUGCUUCUAUCGCGUAUCUCGUGAUGAAAAGAAAAUGGCUGAAAUCAGAAUAGAAUUAGACUCAUGCCCAUGGAGCUCUGCAACUUGUAAACUUUUACUUAAGUAAUUUUGUUAGUAGAUCAAAAUUAUUUCUAGAUGACUGCAUUUGUAUUUAUAUGACUACAGAUAAUGUAUCUGCUGGUUUUGCUGCUUUUUUUAAGGACAUAUAAUCUGGUGUCUUUGUUGGUA